AUAGAGUAUAACAAUAUGUUGUAUUUUUUUGCAUGUAUUCUUAUAGAUCAACAGUUUUUUUUACAGAAUAACCGUUUUUUGUGAUUAUUGAUUUGGUCAUUUGAGUAGAUGUGUAAUGUUGUUGGUAUGGUCCGUGUAUGAGUUUAGUCCCGUAUAGUCUGUGUGAGAGAAGUUACCCCUUGUAGAAGUCACCCCAUGAAGAAGUGAAGAGGGAAACCGUGGAGAGGCCCCCCACUUCUGUGUUUUUUUCAAGCAGCCAGGAGAAAAGCUGUCACUUUUAGAUUUGAAGAUAGCGUUCUCUGUCGACACUGUUUGAGAAUAACUGUCUUGAAGUGUAGAAGUUAGCCCCUGAAAAAGCCCCCCCCUUGUCUGUGUUGCCCCUUGUUUUUUUUUUUUUUGACUAAUCUAUCUUUGUAGGUGUCAAAAGGAUGCCAGAGGUUAGUUAAAAAGAGCCCGUGAAGUAGUAGUUGAAGUCUCCCCCCCAGUGAAGUAGUUGAAGUCCCCCGUGAAUGAAGUAUGUCUUUUUGUAUCUGACAUGUCACAAGUGUAAUACUCGUGAUGAAGGAAGUGUUGUUCAGCUAUCUGUGAACACUUUCAUUAGUAGUCGGAGCAAGAAAUGUCUUAUCCCGUGUGAGCUCAUAUAGGAACCAAAUUUCAAUAUUGUUUGUGUUUGUAAGCCCCUGAGUAUAUCUAGAAGUCAAAAAGUAUGUUGUUGUCUGUUUGUUUGUCUAUCCCUGUUUUGUCUGGAAGUUUUAGAGCCCAUUGUCUGUUGUCCCGUGUUGUCUAUUAGCCUGUGUUGUCUAUUAGCCCGUGUUGUCUAUUAGCCCGUGUUGUCUAUUAGCCCGUGUUGUCUAUUAGCCCGUGUUGUCUGUUAGCCCAUGUCCCUGAUGGAGUUUGAUUUUUUUUGGCGAAUAGUUCGUUGACCUCUCUUGUGUUUGUUCAUUGAAAGUAGGCCAAGAGCAGAAGCUGUGACAAGGCUGGUGAGCUUAGGAUCUGGCCGCGUUGAGUACAGGUGAAGCUUGCUUUCGGUGGAUAAAUGGAAGUGGUCGUUCGUCGGAAUUGUCAUUCUUUCCAAUGUCCCUUUGGUCUUUCCCUUGUGUGUUUGCUUUCAUCCCUGUUUUGAAAAAGUAGUCUAACCCCAGUUUGGAAGAGUGAAGUCUACUCAUGUUUUGGAAAAAUAAAGUCUACCCAUUGUUUUGGAAAAGUAAGAUCUACUCAUGUUUUGGAAAAGUAAGAUCAUAUCCCCGGUUUUGAAAAAUAAAGAAUAUCCCAGUUUGUGAUUUGAAAAUGAGAAAGUUGUCUUGUGAACUUUCAUGAAAGGCUUUUAUGUCCUAGGUAGGACUGUUGAUUGAAAACGUAAUGAUGUAGUAUUUCCUAUGUCAUGUGUUACGUUCAUUUUUUUUGGUCUUGAUUAAAUAGUUUGAUAUCCCGUUUGAAUCCAGUAUACUAGUUUUUUUUGGUCUUUUUAUGUUGUCACACGCACCCCCCCCCUUUGUUGGUUUUGUUUGAAUGAGUUGUUGAGAUAAGUUAUUUGUGACAUUUUAUCUCGACGAGGUAUUUAGACUGGAUUGUCUAAAUCCUCCUUUUGCAGAACCGUUGCCGAUAAAAGUCCCGUGAAACUCGCUAGGUGUUUAGAGUUUAAGCAGAUGCCUAUCUGCUGAGCCAAGAGCUCAGAAAGAUUUUUUAGUUUUUGAAAACCAAUCCUGGUUAGGCAACGAGGUGAUGAGGCUGUGUCUGCCCUGCUAUAUGGUAUAUAUUAUAUGGUAUAUAUAGUAUAUAUGUCACUUGUGUUACUGCAGUGGAUGUCAGCGAGGUCCACACAGGGCACAAGAUUAUUUCUUUCCCAAGGCACAGAAACUCUUGUCACCUACAGUUCUUUGUAGAGUCAAGAAACAUUUAAGUCUACUCGACUUUAAAGAGUCUGGCGAUUGAUGGCACGCUAGCCCACUCCCUAACAAUGAUGUUUUGUUUUUGUUUAAUCCCCACUAGCCAUUAUUUAAAUAUUUUUGUAUUGUUGUCCUGUCACACCCAAAAAGUCAAUGUUGGAUUUUUGUAGUUAUCGAAAACUGAAUUGGUAAUCCAGUUUCCUCUCUUCCGAGGAGGCUAUUGUAGCAGAUGGAUUUCUACUACAAUAUUUUAUAAAAAAAAAUAUCCAUUAAUUUUAAUCCUAUCCCAAGAAAAAUAUUAAUUUUUCUAAUAUAUUUUGCGAGUUUAUAUAUCUUUAAAAUUUCCAAGCCGCUCCUGUUCGCAUUGUAAAGGUUAGGAAAUUUCCUAUUUAUUUGUGUAGCAAUAACCAACUACGUAGAUUGUUAUUGAAAACAUCCAUUAUUCGAGAAUGAAUCCUCUAAAAGGUUCAGUGUUUUUCCUUUAAGUUUUGAGCGCUAAAAAUCCCAUGUUAUUAUUGGUCUGCAUUUUGAAAGAUCCUUGAGUUGUAGUUGACGAUUGGUCAAUAGUUUUGGCCGAACGAUCGAGAAGAAAUGCAUCGUUUGGACGCGAGAGAGACGUGACGAUGUAAAGUUAGUUCUAAAAGUACAUCAGCUCUGUAAGCAUCUUUUUGUUAGAACUCAAAAAGUCGCACUUUGCCGGCCAAAAUGGUUUUCUUCUUAUAGUAAAAGAACUAAUGGAUUUCUAACAUGUCAAGGAAUAUAAUGACAAUAGUUUCACGGCAUUUUAAUGGAUAUAUUAUUGUGAAACAGUUCUAUUGUUAUGCAGUUUGAUUUGCCGGUAAAAGAAGUGCGUGGUUUCCUGGUUCCUGUCCUUUAUGUAGCUGUUGCUAUUUUUAUGAUGUUUUGAUUUGUUCAUGUUCCAGUAAGAAAUGCCCAGAUGAUAUUAUUUGGUAUCGAUUUUAUCCAGUUUUGUAAUGAUUUGAAUAUCUUCCCCUCCCAGCCCCGUCUGAAUGGAAAAUUUUGAAGUUCCAAGUGUUGUGACAUGGAUUUUUGUUUUAACAAGUUUUUGAAUUAUCCCUACAACAAUGAACGGAGUGGACCAUCACACGAACGGCGGAAGCGAGUUCAACGGUUGCGGAGACAUUAUCACCCAGAACCAACAGAAGGGUUGUUGGACCAUCGGCAUCAUCAAUUCCAAAUUCAAAUACUUGACGGCUGAAACGUUCGGUUUUAAAAUUAACGCCAACGGCACAUCUCUCAAAAAGAAACAAAUAUGGACUUUGGAGCCAGAUAAUUCCGGAGCUGGCGAUAGUUUAAUCUAUUUGAAAUCGCAUUUAGGUAAAUAUUUGGCUGUUGAUUCUUUCGGCAACGUAACGUGUGAAAGCGAAGAAAAGGAAGCAGGUUCCAAAUUCCAAAUUAGCGUGGCUGAAGAUGGUACAGGACGAUGGGCACUUCGAAACGUCGUCAGAGGAUACUUCCUUGGAGCUUCCGCCGACAAACUGACUUGCACAGCGAAAGUGCCGAGUGACGCCGAAUUUUGGCACGUCCACUUGGCAGCGCGGCCGCAGAUGAAUCUGAGAUCGGUCGGCAGGAAACGCUUCGCUCAUCUCUCAGAAAAUCUCGACGAGAUUUACGUCGAUGCCAACGUUCCUUGGGGCGAAGAUACGCUCUUCACGCUCGAAUUCCGGUUGGACGAAUCCGGGAAGUAUGCCAUUCAUACCUGCAAUAAUAAGUAUCUCUCAAUGAACGGAAAAUUAGUAGACUCCUGUAGUAAAGAUUGUCUUUUUACCGCCGAAUACCACAGCGGACAGUUAGCUCUCAGAGAUCGCAACGGACAGUAUCUGAGCCCUAUAGGUUCUAAAGCAGUUCUCAAAACGCGGUCCAACACAGUCACCAAAGACGAGCUGUUCUCGUUGGAAGAUUCCCUUCCACAAGCCAGCUUCGUCGCCGCCUUGAACACCAGAUUCGUGUCUGUCAAACAAGGUGUUGAUGUCACAGCAAACCAAGAAGAAAUUUCCGACCACGAAACCUUCCAGCUAGAAUUCGACUGGAAUACCAAGAGAUGGUACAUUCGCACAAUGCAAGACAAAUACUGGACCCUUGAAACUGGAGGCGGAAUUCAAGCUUGUGGGGAUAAAAGGUCUUCAAACGCAUUAUUCGAUCUUUCUUGGCAAACCGACGGUUCGGUCGCCUUCAGAGCCAACAACGGCAGAUACGUCAUCACGAAACGUUCAGGCCACCUCUACGCUACAUCAGACGCCAUCGAUGACACCUGCAAAUACUUCUUCUAUCUCGUCAACAGACCCAUUCUAGUACUUAAGUGCGAACAAGGUUUUGUCGGGUACAAAUCCACUUCGAAUCCAAAAUUGGAGUGCAAUAAAGCUACAUACGAGACCAUCCAAGUCGAAAGAGGAGAGAAGGGAAUCGUGUAUUUCAAAUCUCAGAGUGGUAAAUACUGGCACGCAGACAGCGAAUCCGUAACCGCCGAUUCUGACGCACCUGAAGGAUUCUAUCUGGAACUGAGAGAACCAACACGCCUCUGCAUCAAAACUUCUGCCGGAAAUUACCUAACAGCUAGCAAAAACGGCGUAUUCCGUAUAGGUGAUACCAAUAUCGAAAGUGCCACCCAAUGGGAGUACUAAACACGUACUGCUAAUACUCUAAGCGAGGCAAUAUUUAUAUUAUUUAUAGAAGUUACAUGUCGAAUGCAAUAGGAGGGAUGAUUUCUUGAUCAGGAUAUAACCUAACAUAACCUUAUUUUAUUUUAUAUGUAAGAUUAAAUUUAAACCUAUGUAGUUUUUUAAAUGCGUCAUUAUAUAUGUUUUUACCCAAAAAGAAGUAGUCAGUGUAUCUAUUGAUUGAGAUAUACUUUUAUGUCCACAAAUAAAUUUAAUCACGGAAGUUUUCUGUAAGUGACAGAAUCAGUUUUAUGAUCCAUGACAGUAAUCCUCACUUAACAUUACCUCAAUAUACUUCCAAUUCCAAUUUUUUCUUCAUCUUUGUUUGCCUGCGUAAAGAAACACUCGUUCUAAGGGAAUGAUCAAUUUAUUUGGACAAACAAAAGCAUAGUAUACGAAAUGAAGGCAUACAUUUUAUCUUGUUGUCUUCACUACGUUUCUGCCAUAGACAUAUAAUACCUAGACUGUGUACUGCUAUCUAAAGUUGUUCCCCUAGUGCGACAAAGAAACAUGUUUGUAUUUAGGGGAGACAUCCCUUUCUAAUCGACGGGGUUUAUCACGUGGUCGAUAACCAAACGUCAUUGGAUAAACCCCGCCCAUUAGAAAGAGAUGCCUACCCUAAAUACAAACAUUUUUCUUUGUCGCACUGGUCGCACAGUUUUAGAUUGCAGAGCGCAGUCUAGGUAUUAUGUGUCUAUGGUAUCUUCAUAUAUUGUUGAAAAUUCUUGCUUGAGUGAUCCAAGUACUAAGACAAUCCUUUGUCGCCUUAUGUCAUAUAUUAUAAGUUCCUGCUCAUAUCUCUAUGUAUAUACCUACUGACUUUGAAAAAUGAAGGUAAAAAUGGUAAACUAAGCUUCCCUUCUGUUGUAUUGGUAAAGAACUGUGUCCAGUCUGAUGAUUGUUAUAUUUUUAUUUUAUUUUGAAAUUUUUGUGCACGUUAUUUCCUAAAGUCUAUUUAUUUACAGUAGUUAAUAGUUUUUCCUUAUAUUAUACAACUAAGUAUUGAAUGUGAUGUUAUUGAAAUUAUUUUUAAGGACAACCCAGAAUAACACUAGCCAAAAAGUCGCUGAAACUGCCAAAACCGAAUGGCCUUCCUUUCGUAACAUGUACCAUGCCGGUUUUUGAGCAUAUUUUUUUGUAAAUAUGUGGUUUCUUUAGGAGAAUACACAUGUGUGGGGUGCUAGACCCACUAGUAUAAAGUAGUACAUGGUUUGUAAGUGUCACUUCUGUGUACAUAUGGUGUAUUCUGUACUAAUAAGUAUAUGUAUUUUUUAUAAUAACGGUUUUCAUUGUCGUACUACCUCUAAGUGUACACACAAAGCGUUUUUUAUCAACUUGACAGAUUUUAGACAUUUAUUUACAUAAAAAAACUUAGAUAUCUUUUAGUGUUUCAUAAUUUUAAAGUUUCACAGUUAAUACUGUUGUAUUUUUUGGCAUUUACCAUUUAAAAAAGACAAAAAUAUUAAUCAUUGACCAAAUGACGGUGAUAAUGAUAGUUACAUGUCAAAUGUCGUCAGAGUUACAUGUCAACUGUCGUCAGAGUUACAUGUCAACUGUCAUUGAUACUGUCAACUGUCAUUGAUGUGUAGCAUUGCUGCGUGUACCGAUCACUGUAGAUAAUAAAAACGUUUUGUCUGUAGACACAAAUGAAAAAAAAAAUGUCUGGGCAGAAACUUUAUGUCUAUUUACCAGUUGUUGCAUUUAUUAAUUAACUUAGGAGCUCAACAUAUAAAUAUACCGAUUAUUUUUUACAUAUCCGUAGGUGUUAAGAUGCUUUUUGCAAUUUUUUAUAGUCCUGUUGUAUUUUUAUAGCUUUUUUUUAGCGAAACAUACGCGCGGGUCAGAGCCCUUUGGAUAUUUUUUUUGUAUGAUGAAUGUAUAAUCUUUGAAGUAAAUAUAUAAUGGUAUUGUAA